AUAAUUUUGUGCAAUAUUUGGGGAACAGACACAAAGAAAAAAAUGGGUCUUGGUUUAUAUAGCGAACACGCCCUGCAUAGAGCAUGGAUGGAUGUGUCAUAAGAAGAUUGGUGUAGCUGUAUUGAAGCGGCCCAAAACUAGACUGGCUUUACCCCGUCCGGCAGAGCGGGAAGUUCGGUUUGCAGCUCAUGGUUUGUGAAGACAGGAAGAACAACAUGCACCAUGAUGUUGAGGGCGAGAAGACCCCCCAGACAACGAAGUGUUUUGGACAGUACAAAUUCACAGCAGAGGAAUACCUGGCAGUACAGAAUGCAUUGCGGCAGAAGCUGGGGCCAGAGUACAUCAGUACCAGGAUGGCUGGAGGGGGCCAGAAGGUGUGUUACGUGGAGGGCCAUCGUGUGAUCAGCCUGGCUAACGAGAUGUUUGGCUACAACGGCUGGUCUCACUCCAUCUCACAGCAGAACGUUGAUUUCGUAGACCUUGUUAAUGGAAAGUUCUACGUUGGCGUCAGCGCUUUCAUCAAGGUCCAGUUAAAGGACGGGUCCUUCCAUGAGGAUGUGGGCUAUGGCGUGAGCGAGGGGCUCAAGUCGAAGGCUUUGUCGCUGGAGAAGGCCAGGAAGGAGGCCGUCACGGAUGGAAUGAAGAGAGCACUCAAAUGUUUUGGCAACGCCCUGGGUAACUGUAUCCACAAUAAGGAAUACCUGAUAGCUAUCAACAAGAUCCCCAAACAGCCCACCCCUCCUCUAGACCCCGCCCAAACCAAGCGCACAGACGGUGAGCCUAUGAUAGAGAAAGCUCGUUUGUCCAGCUUGGCCCACGACAACAACAUGACCGGAUCCUCACGAAACCCAUUGGAGCUCAGAACCGGCCACCAGAACCGUUCAGAAGGCCGGAGCCGUGCAACCGAAGUCCAAACCGUACUCUUUCCCUCCCCUAGUAUUGGUUCCAAACUACAGCCAGAUCAGCUGGACAAGAAGGAAAACAUUGAUGGUCCUCUUUUAGAGCCUUCGGAUGAUGGAGUCUCUGAAGGACAGACAGACCCAAAGCAGCUGAGAAAGCUCAAGCAGCAGCAACUCCAGCAAAAGUUCAGAAAGGAGAUGGAAGCCAGGAAACAAACACCGAAGCACGAGAAAUCUAAAUUCAAAUCUGAACAUAUCCAGACCAGCAUUGCUCAGAAACCUCCUCAAGAAGAUGACCCAGAGCUCUGGAACUUCACCCUGGAGGGGAUCGAGGAGCUGAACGGCUCCGCAGAGGGGGGCCUGAGGCCCACCCCACCCGGAAACCACCAGAUGCAGACGCGCAGUAUGACCCCUCAGAGGGAACCCAAAAGUCCUGGAAGGCCCCGAGAUGUAGAUCCCCCGCAGGGCGGUCCGACAUACUGCCACCAAGCCCCCGGGCAAGACGUCCCCCAGUAUGGAAACGGACAUCCCAAUCACCCCCAGGGCCAGGGGUUCAGCCCAUACAGACAAGGGCAAUACAUGAAAAAACGGAAACUGGACACAUGAACGAAUACAAAACAAAUGAAUGUUCCUUUUCAAUGUUUUAAAAGAUUUUACAAUUAUUUUAUAUUUAUUUGUUAAUGUGAACAAUGCAUUUCUAUUGUUAUUUAUUUUGUUGGUUGAUAUGUAUUUCUUCAUGCUUGGUGUUUCUGUAAACCAGGUAAAAUAAAACGUUGCUUAUCACGCAAGUUC